AAAAGAUAUGGCUAUGGCUUCCACCUCUCUUCAUUCUCCCGCGAUGGAUUUCCAGCGCCUCAAGCGAAAUCCUGGCAAGAAAUUCCACCCAGUGCCAUCGGCUUCAAUGCGGGACGCCAAGGAGCUCGUCCAAUCCGGCGCAGUGAUCGCGGUAUCGCCCAAGGAAGCCAAAACCCUAAUCUCUGAGCGUGGAUUCAAGCUCCUGGAUGUGAGACCGAUCUGGGAGCGCCAGAAGUCUUUCGUGGCCGAAUCGAUCCACGUCCCGCUGUUCGUGGAGGACGACGAUCUCAGCCCCAUAACGCUGCUCAAGAAGUGGAUCCACUUUGGCUACAUUGGAAUGUGGAUGGGGCACAAGCUCACGGCUGUCAACACCCAGUUUCUCGAUCAGGCGCUCGAUGCUGCCGCGCGGAGUAAAGAUUCCAAGCUCCUGAUCGCUUGCGGCGAAGGACUACGGUCCUUGCUCGCGAUCGAGAAGCUCCACGACGAUGGAUUCACUAACCUGGCGUGGCUGGACGGCGGAUUUGGAGCUGCCAAGAGAAGAGAAUUCGAGGGGGUCGAAGGGACGGAGCUUCGAUUCGCCAGUAUUGGAGGAUUUGCGCAGUACUUCCUCCAAAUCAUCCUGUUCUUCCAGCGCGAGAGCGAAGAACCCUAAAAACAGAGCCCCCCAAGAGCCCUAAAACAGAGGCCCUGUUUUCUUCCAUGGUGGUGAUUAUAGGGUCUAGGAUCGCGGCUCCAUUGGCGUCAAUCCCGCGAUUCCCAGCAGCGCCCAGGAGCCGAUUCGCGAGCUGCAAGCCCAUGGCGCAAGAAAUUCCCACCGCGGAGGCCGCGAAGGAGGACGUCCUCAUCCAAUACGUGGUCAUUCGCAAGGAUCUCGUGGAGACGAUGAAAUGGCCACUGGGGAGCGUGAUGUCACAGGGCUGCCAUGCCGCGGUGGCCGCCGUGUGGAUGCAUCGCGAAGAUCCAGACACGAUCGAGUACUGCUCGCCCGAGAAGAUCGACACAAUGCACAAGGUGACCCUGGAGGUGAAAGGCGAGAUCCAGCUCCUCAAUCUCUCCAAGAAGCUGGCAGAGGCAUCGAUCGAUCACAAGCUGUGGAUCGAGCAGCCAGAGAACCUUCCUACGUGCCUGGCCACAAAGCCGUGUUGGAAGUCGCGCGUUUCUUCCCAUUUCAAGAAGCUCAAGCUGUGUAGCUAGUGUUUUUAGCGCGCUUCCAUUGGCAAUGAGAACUAGGGUUUUUGGGAUAAA